AUGAGUCAUCAUCUUCAAAUCCUAGCAUAUUAUAAGAGUAAAAGUCAAUUCAAAGUAGAACCACUUCUUUCUAUUCUGGGAAAUUUUAAGGGAUUAUGGUCUGUGUAUCUUGCUAAAGUAAAUCUAGACAUGCUUUCAUCAAGAACAAAUGGAAUUUCAAUAUUAAAUGAAAUACCAGACUAUCUUACAAUAGCUAUAUUUGUUAUAUGUCAAGGUACAAAGAAUGAUGAGACAGUUUGUACACCACCCAGCUUUGGUUAUAGAUAUGAUAGUACUGGUAUAUUACAAAUGUUAGAAGAGCAAUUAUCUCCUGAACUUCAAACAGAUAUUACUGGUCUACAGGGCGGCAUAUUUAUUCCAUCUGUCGUUUUUAUUUUUAUCUUAUUAUGCGCCUACUUUAUUCACCUGUUUACAAUCAAUAGAGUCAAAUAUCAAUAUAGCUGGUUCCGUAAACUCAUACUGCCUUUGAUUUCUUUAAUUACUCUCUUACUUUGUAUCGCUACCUUUGUUGUUCAAUUAGUUAUCUAUCAUAUCGUUAAAAACAAGAUUAAUACAGCCAAAGAUGAAUUAUAUGGUGGACUAUUAAAUUUGGUUUUAAGAAUUACAGUGUCUGCAGGGCGUUCAAUAUGGAUGACAUUAGCGUCAUCAAUUCUUUUGUUUAUUGUAACUAUUCUACUUUGUUUUUCUUUAUGCUUUUUAAGCCGUCAAAAACGAAUGAGAAAAACAUACGAAAAUGAUCAACAAAUGGAUACCCGAGCAUAUUAG